AUGCCUCCUGAACAGGAUUACGACGAUCUCCUUGUCCAAAUAGUGGAAUAUGUCAAUAAAAAAGACAUUUCAGGCGAUAAGAAUGCAUUUUGUCUGGCCAAAUGUUCCUUCCUUGACGCCUUGGGAUGCGCAUCCGAGAGUCUUGCAACUAAUAAAGAUGUACAACGUCUAAUCGGUCCCUAUGUACCGGGCACUAUUGUCCCAAAUGGAUUUCGACUACCUGGAACAUCUCUAAUACUUGACCCAGUUAAAGGUGCCUUUGAUUUUAGUGUACUGAUCCGCUAUCUCGACCACAACGACGGGUUCACUGGACUAGAAUGGGGCCAUCCAUCAGAUACUCUCGGGGCGAUCUGCUCAGUAGCUGAUUAUGUCUCACAAUCCCAGAAAAGGCCAAUAACGAUCGACAACAUCCUCACAGCACUGAUCAAGUCCUAUGAAAUCCAGGGCCGCCUACAACUGGCCAACAGCCUUAACCAGCGUGGACUCGACCAUGUCUUCUUCGAGCAGCUAGCAUGCUGUGCUGUUAUCAGUGGACCUGAAUUCUUCAACUUGACCCGAGAUCAAGCACUGGCAGCGCUGUCAUUUUGCAUUCUUGAUAAUGCACCUCUGCGCGCUUACAGACAUGCUCCAAAUGCAAUCCCGCGCAAAGGAUGGGCGGCAGCUAGCGCCACUAGUCGAGCCGUUCAACUGGUACUACUAGCGGCAACUGAUCAACCAGGUGCACCAAAGGUUCUUUCAACCCCGCGGUGGGGCUUCGAGGAUGCGGUCAUGGGGCCCAGCAGAGGCGCGGAAGGUGCAAUUCCCGAAGGCCAGUCUAAGAAGCUUGAGAUGGGAGGCCCACAUCCGCCAAGUCUGGGGACAUACGUCAUCAAAAAUGUAUUCUACAAGCUGAUGCCGUGUGAAGGGCAUUCUCUCACGGCGGUCGAGGCGUGUGUGCGUAUUCGGAAGGAUCUGGUGGAGAAGAAGGUUGCGUGGGACGUGAACCAGGUUGCACGUGUGAAUAUCCGGACGCAUAAUGGUGCUGUUCUGAUUAUCAGUAAGCCGGCCAGCUUCCGUCUGACGAAUCCGGCAGAUCGUGAUCAUUGUUUGGAGUUUAUGCUUGCGGUGGCUUUGUUGAAGGGGGAGCCACCAGAGUAUGGCGAUUACAGUGACAAUUCAUCUUGGUCGACGGACGAGAGAGUUGACUUUUUGAGAGAGAGGAUGGUUGUGACGGAAUAUGACAAAUUUUCUAGAGACUAUCAUAAUCCUGAGAUCAGGAGUAUGGCCAGUGCUGUGAGCAUUGAGUUUCUAGAUGGGACAAGGACUGCAGAGCUUAUCAUUGAGCAUCCAAUUGGAAGCCCAAAACAUCAAGGAACACCAAAAGCAGUCAAGGAAAAGUUAGCCAAAAACUUGAGACUCAUUUACGACGAAAAAACGGUGAAUAAAGUCAUUAAUAUGGUGGAGAGUGAUGAGCAAACCCUAGCUAGUGAUCUAUUUGAUUUGCUCUGGAAAGGCAAAAGUGAGCAUCUUGCUCGCUUUUAG